AUGAAUGGCAAUGAGUUCCGAAGUGACUGCUCCGAAAACCAACUGACCCCUACCACCUCCAUGGUUUCCUCACGCCCGUCGACUAGAGCGACGAAUCGCAGCAAAAGAUGUGCACCUCGGAUACGGUGGCUUGAUGAAGACGAAUGUAAGUCUCUGAGAUAUGACGAUGGAGCCAUAACAAAGCAGACCUCGGCCAGACCGACCAUACACCGUUCUGUGGCGUCGACGGACUUGACCAGAGCGGCCUGCAGAGGAGUCGGAGGUCCGUACGAUACUGACCAAAGCUCGGAACCGGAUACCGGAAGCGCAGUAGCCAGCUGUUCGGAGAUUCAGCAGUGCAGCGAGCGGUAUGGUCUGGUGGCAACCCCUGGAUGUGCCGGUACGUUUAAAAUGUCCAUCGUUUCCGAUGCCUUUUUCGGACCGGAAGUGGAAUGUUUAAUAGAGUUCAAGGUGUGGAAGACUAUGGCGAGUCCCGAACUAAAGAGGCUAUGGUUUACGGUCAGACAUGCGAUGUCACCAGCGGCCGCCACUGCCAUACAAACCCUGGAAGUCUGGACAGACCGGAAAGACGGCUGCCCGGCUAAAGUGGUGUUUUUGCAGAAAUGAUCACACUCACAUAUAUACAAUAAGCUGUUUUUGAUCAUGAAGUGGAAAACUCUUGAUAACGAAUGUUUGUUUUCUCUCUAUGACCGUGUUCAACAUGGUGAAUUCGCGACCACCGGAACCAAUCAUGA